AUGAUGCAAGGACUGAAAAACCGAACCAGGAAAGUCCUGGGCUUGCGAAAGAAAGACAAGGACACAGACACAACGAGCUCACCUGACAAAGAAGGAAGUGGAAGUGGAAAGAAAGGAAGCAAAAAAGCCAAUGGGGCUCCUAAUGGUUUCUAUGGGGAGAUUGACUGGGAUAGAUAUGCCUCUCCCGACGUGGAUGAUGAGGGCUUCAGCCUCCGGCCCGGUGAUGAGGACGAUACAGCUUCAAAAGAAAAGCACUUUUUCUCCUCCAGCGACUCGGAGGAUGAGGAAGACAGCAAGAAAAAGUUCAAAAUCAAGAUCAAGCCGCUGGUGUCGGACAGCGCCGGCAGGUGCGUCCCUCCGUCCAUGGACGAGCUGAAAGCCUCGGUGGGAGGCCUGGCCCUCUCUCCCUCUCUGAGACGCAGCCCGGGGCAGAUAAAAAGACAUUUGUCCUGUGAGGAGAUUGCCAGACCCAGACGGUCCACCCCAACACCAACUCCUGCCCCCGAGGCACCCAGUGACUCAACGCCCCUGAACGUCCCUUCGUUAUUCGGUCUGCCGUCAGAGAACAGAUAUGCCCGAUAUGAUGUUGUUCCUGGCGACAUUUGGGCCACUUCCAGACCCCAGGCAGAAUCCCAGCUGAGCAGAAGCUUCCCGACGGGAGCCCCGCCUCCACUUCCUCCAAAAAACAUUCCAUCAAGAAGUCAUUAUGGCUAUCCGUCCGACUCGGCGGUUGACAUUCCCAUUGUGCGGGCAGCUCGACGCUCCGCCCCCAUCUACCUGAACGUGCUCUCCCCGGCCUCCUACCGAGGCUCCCCGGCGCCCGAGUUGGAUGACGUGUUCGGCUCCGUCGACAGCCCCCGGACCAGUGAGGACACGGCCUCUCCCAGAUGGGUUACCUUCGCAGAAGACAGACCCCCGCCUCCCAACGAACCCGCCCCCCCGCCCCCGCCGGACUCCCCCGCGCCAGACACGCCCUCCUCCACGCCCUCCACCCCUUGCCUCUCUCCCGGACCGCCCCCGGACGAGCCGCCGCCCUCACCACCGCCGUUCUCCCCGGGGUCCCCCCCUCCCUUCACGCCGCUGGACUCUCCCCCGUCGAUCGUGCUCGGACCUCCUCCCCCAGAUGAGCCGGCUCCCCCGCUUCCCCCCGAUUUCUCUCCCUCCACCUCGCCCCCCUUGUGCCCGGACGAGGAGGCGAUUGACGAGGAGGUGCUGCAGUUUGCGGUGUACGCCGCCUCCCCGGCGCCCUUCAGCCCGGCCCCCCCGCUGCCUGCAGAGCGAAGGUCCCCCCGGGCAGGGGUCACGUCCCCCCUAGUCCAAUAUGGAGUGGGGGGAAAGAGGACUCCAGAGGGUGUGUACCAGAGGGAUGACUUGACUGAUUUGCCUGGCUCCCCCAGAGAGCUGACGCCCAGCUUCAGGGGCACCCCCCCACCUCUUCCUCCAACCACCUACAGGUCUAUCAUGUCUUCCCCGGGGCCCUACUCAGGCAGCAGCCCUUCGUCCCCGGCACGUCCCGCCACGCCCCAGUCCCGAGGCAGCCCGGUGCCCCCGCCUCCACCUCCACGCCCAUCUUCGCGACCCAAGCUGCCCCCGGGGAAACCGAUCUCAGAUCUGAGUCGGCCGUUCAGUCCGCCCGUUUCGGGGAGCCCCCCGCCCUUCGCCCCGCUGGCCCGCGCGGAGAGCUCCUCCUCCAUCUCCUCGGUGACCUCGCACAGUGCGGCAUCCACGCCGACGUUGGGGAGAGACCUGAACAUGCCCUCCACAGAGGCCUCGCAGCCUCUGGUCUGGUUUGACCACGGCAGGUUUUAUUUAGCUUUUGAAGGAUGCUCCAGAGGACCCAGUCCGCUGACCAUGGGGCCCCAGGACACACUGCCAGUCGCGGCUGCCUUCACGGAAACCAUCAAUGCCUACUUCAAAGGCGCUGACCCCAGCCGAUGUGUGGUGAAGAUCACAGGAGAGAUGGUGCUAUCUUUCCCUGCGGGCAUAACCAGGCAUUUUGCCAGCCACCCAACGCAACCCAUCCUUACCUUUAGCAUCAACAACUACAACCGACUGGAGCAGGUCCUCCCCAACCCCCAGCUGCUGUGCUGUGAUUUAACAGCAGAUGGUGGAGACACCAAGGAAUUCUGGGUAAAUAUGCCAAAUCUGAUGAGUCAUCUGAGGAAAGUAGCCGAACAGAAGCCUCAGGCAACGUAUUACAAUGUGGACAUGAUCAAAUAUCAGGUGUCUGCAGAGGGAAUUCAGUCCACUCCUCUGAACCUGGCAGUGAGUUGGCGAGGAGACGCCACCAGCACAGACCUUAGAAUAGACUACAAAUACAACAUGGAGGCCAUGGCUGCUCCAGCACCCCUCCACAAUAUUAAUUUCGUGGUGCCUGUGGACGGAGGAAUAGCCAGACCACAGACCAUGAUCCCAUCUGCAACCUGGAAUCCAGAGCAGCAAACAAUACAAUGGAAAAUCCCGAGCCUGUCUCAUAGGUCUGACAAUGGAGGUGUAGGGGCUCUGUUGGGCCGGUUCCAGAUGAAAGAGGGUCCCUGUAAACCCUCCCAGCUUUCGGUCCAGUUUACCAGCGAGGGAAGCACUCUGUCGGGGUGCGACAUCCAGCUGGUUGGGACCGGCUACCGGCUAUCGCUAGUGAAGAAGAGAUUCGCUGCAGGGAAAUAUUUGGCGGAUAACUAG